AUGUUUGAUGUAACUUUUUCUGGUGGAAGGUAUAGAGCAACAUUUUCUGAGAGACGCUUUUCAUUUCUUUUGGAUUGCUUAAGAUUUGAUGAAAAAGACACAAGGGAAGAGCGUAAAAAAACUGAUAAAUUAGCUGCUAUUCGCCAAAUAUGGGAAAUUCUUAUUGAAAAUUGUAAAAAAUAUUACAAACCCAGUUCAUACACGACUAUAGACGAGCAGUUGAUUGGAUUUCGGGGAAGGUGUCCUUUUCGCAUGUACAUUCCGUCAAAACCCAACAAGUACGGGAUAAAAGUGAUAAUGAUAUGCGACAACAGCACUAAAUACAUGAUGAAUGCGGUCCCAUAUUUAGGAAGCGGAAGUGUACCUAGAGGAAUGGUUGCAGCAGACUAUUUGUAA